GGCCCACACCCGCAGCAGCUCUUCCAGGCUCCCGGUUCCAGUUGCAGCGAGUCUCGGUCUCAGGACCCCGGGGCACUCCGGCGGCGGGUCUACAGGACCGGCGCUGCCCAGUCCCGGCGGGACAUGGCCUUGAGGCUGGGCCGGCUGGGCGCGGGCCCCUGCUGGCGCGCGGUGCAGGGCGACUAUGGACGGCUGCGCGCUUGGUCCCCGCGCGGCGCGUCCGCUCGCGUCUGCCGGCUGCCUGGCACCGCUGGUACCCAGGCUCGCCGCGGGCUGGGCCACAGCCCCUCGGCUGGAGGCGGGUCCUGGCUGGGGACCGGGCUGGCCGCGGCGCUGGCGGGGUUGGCAGGGCUGGCAGCCGCCGCCUUCGGGCACGUGCAGCGGGCGGAGAUGGUGCCCAAGAGCUCGGGGGCGCGAAGCCCCUCGCCUGGCCGCAGGGAGGAGGAGGAGGAGGACGACGAGCUGGCUCGCCGCUGCAGCGCCUUCAUGACCUCGCCGGUGACCGACCUGCGUGAGCUGCGGAGGAGGCCCGAGGACAUGAAGACCAAGAUGGAACUGAUGAUCAUGGAGACCCAGGCCCAGGUGUGUCGGGCGCUGGCCCAAGUAGACGGGGUCGCCGACUUCUCCGUGGACCGAUGGGAGAGGAAGGAAGGAGGUGGUGGCAUCACCUGUGUGCUUCAGGAUGGGCGUGUGUUUGAAAAGGCUGGGGUGAGCAUUUCUGUCGUUCAUGGGAGUCUUUCUGAGGAAGCAGCAAGUCAGAUGAGAGGCAGAGGAAAAGUCCUGAAGAGGAAAGAUGGUAAAUUGCCAUUUACUGCUAUGGGUAUAAGCUCUGUGAUUCACCCCAAGAAUCCUUAUGCACCCACUAUGCAUUUCAACUACAGAUACUUUGAAGUAGAGGAAGCUGAUGGUGACACGCACUGGUGGUUUGGGGGUGGAUGUGACCUCACGCCAACAUACUUGAACCAAGAGGAUGCUGUCCAUUUUCAUCGCACUCUAAAGGAAGCUUGUGAUCAGCACGGGCCAGAUAUCUAUCCCAAAUUUAAAAAAUGGUGCGAUGACUACUUCUACAUAGUGCAUCGUGGGGAGCGGAGGGGCAUCGGAGGCAUCUUCUUUGAUGAUCUCAACUCUCCGUCCAAGGAGGAAGCAUUCCGCUUCGUUAAGACGUGUGCUGAAGCUGUGGUUCCUUCUUAUGUCCCCAUUGUGAAAAAGCACUGUGAUGACUCUUUCACCCCUCAGGAUAAGCUGUGGCAGCAGCUGAGGAGAGGGCGGUACGUAGAAUUUAAUCUGGUGUAUGAUCGGGGCACCAAGUUUGGCCUCUUUACUCCAGGAUCCAGGAUCGAAAGCAUCUUGAUGUCUUUACCUCUGACAGCCCGAUGGGAGUACAUGCAUUCGCCCCCAGAGAAUUCCAAGGAGGCUGAAAUUCUGGAAGUAUUGCGCCAUCCGAAGGACUGGGUACACUGAUGCAGCAGAGCGUUGUUCCAGGGCCUGGUGGACGCAGGCGUGGUGGUCUUCCUGCACUGCUGCCACUGUGUGGCAGGCAAUCCUUUGUGCCUUACUGUCCCAGCCUUCUCCACUCUGGGCAGCACCUCUGUGGCAGGUGGUUUUGAAUCUUUCCCAGGCUGUGGGGUGAGGUGGUAAUGAUGGAUGGUGAUGUAAAACUGCCAGAUUCAUUGGAUGUAAAACCCAUUUGUACUUUUAGAAUCAUUGUCUGUGACCAGUUAUUUUGACAUUCCAGGUCUUAAGAUAAGGGAAUGUAAGUACUAUAAUAUGUACCAGGAAGCUCUUCAACUUACUUGUUGCUGGAAGUUGUAGUUUUUGCCACAGAAAUUUAUCAGGGGAUACAUUUUAGCUUUCAUUAGUUCAGUCAGGUUGGCCCUCUUGGUAACUUUAGAAUGCAAUUUGAAGCCUGGUGGUGCACACCUUUAAUUCUUUAAUCCCAGCACUCAGGAGGCAGAGGCAGGUGGAUCUCUGUGAGUUUGAGGCCAGCCUGGGCUACAGAGAGAGUUCCAGGACAGCUGCUACAGCUAUACAGAGAAACCCUGUCUCAAAAAACCAAAAAGAAUGCAUUUUGAAGGGACAUGUUUUCCUUUGUCAUUUUUCAAGUUUCUCUGAUGUAAUUUUCAUGUGUCUUUCUCUAUAGACCAGAAUAUUAUAAAAAUACUCAUUUUUUUUAUAAAGAUAGGUAUUUAGGAGCACUUGAAAGUUUACAUCAGUUCCUGCAUUAUAAUUCAAUGAUGACCUAUAGUUUACAACUGUAAAUGGCAUUAUUAUUUAAAUAAGAAACUUCUAAGUGUUGAGUUUUUUUUGUGAGAUCAUAACUUGCUGGCAUUGGGAUUCUAUGUAUUCUUGAAAGCAAAAGCUUAUAUUCCUGGAUUCUGAUACUUAAAGUUUUAUAUUUUACACAUUUAGGUAUGGGAGUUUAGACUAAGAACAAAUGAAAAACAUUUUCCUUCUUUAAUUAAAAUGAAUGAAGCUAGUCUAACAUGUGGAUAUUUUAUACUUUUUAAAAAAUGGACCAAUUGAAAUUGUCCUACUUUUCAAAUGAGAGAUUCCUCAACUUUUAUCUUUUCUUUUAAAAGUCACAGCAGAUUUCUUAUGCAUGAUUUGUCUGUCUAAAUAAUAAUAUGACUGGAGUGUCUUAUUUGAUUCGAAAUAUAUUGAAUUUGCAAGGAGCAGUGUCUCAUACAUAUAUAAAUAUUAUUCUGGAAUAUGUUGGAUGUAUGUGAUCGUGUUUGGCUCUUUUAGGGUGAGAAAAAUCUACAGAUUCUUCCUCGUGUCUUAUACAGACCCAGCUAAUAAAUUUUAUUUUGAA